AUGGGUUACCGCUGGGAAGAGCACCGGGAAACAUGCUUCCGGCUGUAUAUCCAGCAGGGCUGGCCCCUCGAGCGCAUCAUGGCGUAUCUGCAGAGCAGCGCCGACUUCACCCCAAGUCGACGGGCCUUCCAGGACCAGUUCCGGCGCUGGGACUUUCCUCCCAAGGCAAAGAGCCAUGAGCAUGACGGCAGCCUGGUGGCCCGAGUCCGGGAGCUGUGGGAGAUGAACCUGUCGCAGAGAGACAUGACCCAAGUGCUUCGACAGGAAGGCUUCCAGGUGACUUCGGCAGACGUGGCCAAGCUGCGCGGCAGGAUUGGGUUGCAGAUGCGUGGGCCCAAUGUAGACAAGUCCAGGCUUGAUCAUCACCCCCAACCGCUGGAGACUGAGGACUCUGGAGGUUCGAUAGAUGUCCCUUUCCCUCUGCUUACCGAGGGAGGAGGCGAGUCAAUGUCGCGGUCCAUCUCGGCACAGUCAUCUUCCUCGUCGUCGCUCUAUUUCCGUGAUUCAGAGCCAUCCGAGCACAGGGACACGAAGAGGCGCAGGAGAGGCAGGAAGGAUAUUCCUGGAGCGACCGCUCGAUAUCCUUCCGAGAUGACGCUCGACGAUGCCCGAAGAAAGCUGGGUCUGGACAAGGCCGCCUAUCGCUCGCUCCGUGACGUCUUCACCAGAGUCUGCGCCGCUUUCAACGUCAGCAAGAAGAUGGACGAGCCCGAGAAGUGGGAGUCGGCAAAGACCCGCCUGAUGCACGACCUGCCCAUGCUCUACGAAAAGCUGUGCACGCCCCGCGACGAGCUGGAGAUGAAGCAGGUGGCCCUGGACGCCAUCUGCAAAGACGUCGCAAAGUCGAAGCGGUACACAGAGUCCAAGAUGACGCAGAUGGAAGCCAAGAUGGCCCUCCGCAUCAACCCGCAGCAGGCCAGGGAAAUGCGACUCGUCUUGACCGAGCUGCUGGAGGCGUUCGGGUUCGCCAACAAGCCCGACGGCACGCUUGCGCCUACGCCUACGCCUCAGCAAUGGGAUGAGCUCAAGAGCAUGUGGGGUCAACGCUCGGCGCCGGUCCGCAGAAUCUUGACCGAGAUACGCUCUGGCCAGGGCGAAGGCUCAAAGAAGGCAAAAGCCUUGGAUUCCUUGGCUCGGGAUAUCCUCAAGAGGCUUCGCGAUAAUCGCCCGGAUAGGCACUCCAGGAAGCAACAACAGACCGAACAGGUUUCCACGGAGGCACAGCAAUCCCACGCGAAUACCCCGAAAGGAAUCGACUCGCUGCCGGAUUCUCACUUGUCUGCUGGUCCGGAGGACCUGGGACAUGCCUUGCCAACGGCUACAUCCCAGCCUUACACCGAUGGCUUGCAGGCACGGGACGACGACCCGCUCCUCUUCCCCGCAGAGGUGGUGCACGCGGGCUUGCUAGCGGAGCCUUACGCCGCUCAGCCGCCAUCUGCGCCUAUGCUGCCCCAUGAAUCUUCCACAUCCACACCAGGAGAGGCCACUGUCUACUUCUGCUCACACCCCUCGUCAAUCUAUAGAGUCGAAAUACCGCUCUGGAUGGACAUUCUCAGUUCACAGACGAUCGAAGGGGUCCAACAGGCUGUAGCAAACAGGUUUCCCGGCGCGGCUUGUCUGAAUGUCUAUGGUGUGUUUACGCACAAUGGCGGACAAUCCAUUGUGUUGAACGACGACUACGAUCUGACGGGAUACCUCUCGUCGGUCAAGCCACCUAUACUCAGCGUGCAGUUGGUGCAUGAACUGCCAUGA